UAACGGUCAAACGAUGUCUUCAGAUACGCUCAAAGAUGGCUUGCCCUCUUCUAGGGUCCAGGAAAUGGCCUCGUUCCCCAGCGACGACCCGCAGAAUCCAGUCAACUUCUCCAAGGUCAGAAAAUGGCACAUCGUCAUCGCCGGAAUCGUGUUUUGCUUCAACAGCGCCAUGGGGUCGUCUCUGCCGUCGGGUGCCAGCUCCGAGAUCUCGGAAUACUUCAAUGUCGAAUCCGAUACCAAGCUAGUGCUCCUCAACUCCCUUUACCUGAUCGGAUAUGCCGUGGGCCCGUUGAUCUUCGGUCCCAUGAGCGAGUAUCUCGGUCGUCGACCUGUUCUCAUCGGUUCUUAUAUUGGGUAUACGAUGUUCACCAUGGCAUGUGCCCUCGCGCCUUCAUACUCAUCGCUGCUCGGGUUUCGUCUUCUAUGCGGAUUGAAUGCUGCUACACCAAAUGCUGUGCUGGGUGGGUUAUACUCGGAUAUCUACGAUCACCCCAAAGAGCGUGGGAUCGCCAUGUCGCUGUUCAUGUUCGUCACUCCUUUUGGUCCGGAGUUGAGUCCGAUGAUUUCGGGAUUCAUUGCAACAGUCUCAUGGCAGUGGACAUUCUGGGUUGGCCUUAUAACUGCUGGAGUUGGACUGCCUUUGGUCCUUCUUCUGCCUGAGACCUAUGCUCCUGUCCUGAUCCAGAAAAGGCAAAGAAAGGUACAAGGCUUAGACCAAGAUAAGGGCACCUCUUCGCCAAAUAAACCCUCCCUGAGCGCCAUAGGUCUGAUCUUUACCCGGCCAUUUGUGAUGACCAUUCGGGAACCACUCGUUCUCUUCACCUCGUUAUAUCUAGCUUUGAUAUAUUCGGUUUUCUAUCUGUUCUUUCAAGCCUAUCCAAUUGUCUUUCAAGAUUUGUAUGGCAUGACACCUGGUGUGGCAGGCUUAGCUUUUAUUCCGAUGAUGGUUGGCUCCUCCCUGGGCCUCGUUAUGUUCUUUCUGUAUAGUUCAUUCCAUGAAAAGGCAGUCAACGCAAAUCAUACCUGGGCUAAGCAGGAGGAAUAUCGUCGAUUGCCUCUUGGAUGUGUCGGUGCUCCCGGUAUUGUAAUCGCUUUAUUUUGGCUUGGAUGGUCUUCUUCCAAAUCGAUUCACCCCAUAAUGCCCAUGAUGUCUGGUUUGUUCUUUGGUGCAGGUUACUUACUCAUCUUCAUAGCCAUGCUGAACUACCUGACCGAUGCCUACAAGCAGAAUUCGGCUUCUGCCCAGGCAGCAGCAAGUACGAUUAGAUCCAUUACUGCUGUUUGCCUGCCACUGGCCACCCGUCCGAUGUACAAUGCCCUGGGCAUCCCGUGGGCAAGCUCCUUGCUUGGAUUCUGUGCUCUAGGUAUGGCUGUUAUCCCCUUCAUCUUCAUGAAGUAUGGGUACUGGCUGCGAAAGAAGAGUGCUUAUUGCCAAACGAGCUGAGGCUACAUAAGAAUAAAGGUAGUCAUACUAAUUCCUGGAGAGUCAUAAUUCAUCCAGAAAUGUCGUUGUUUUUGCAUCAGGAGAUCUAGGGAGUACAAGGCGUCUAGCGAAUCAAAAGCACAUAUAGAUUAGGU